AUGAAUCAAAUGGAUAUCGGACUGACUGAAGCAAUGAAAAACAUAGUUCCUAAAGGACUACCGAACGACAUUAAUUCUGCGUUCAGUGGUUAUGUGACGGAGAAAUUGUACAUGUUGUUGCAGCUGUAUCUGCAAAACAAAGGAUGGAACAGUAUAGAACUGUUGAAAAUAUUUUCUGAAAUGAAAGAUUCCUCAGUGUUACCAAGUGCUUCCUACUUGCAAAUGAUGGCUUCAAGAGUAUCAUUAGAUAGCCAAGCAAGAUUAAUCCUUAGGGAAAAUGGCAAAAUUAUUUUACCUUAUGAACAUUUUGCAAAUGCUGUGAUGUUAAAGCAUAUGAAUGGUCCACAUGGAUUACAUUUAGGUGUUGAAGGAACUGUUAGAGCGGUUAUGGAUUCAUAUACCAUUGGCCGUGAAAAUUUUGGUAUGGAAAAAGAAUUCAUUAUUGAAGUUGUACAAAAUUGUCCGAACCCAGCAUGCCGUUAUUACAAAAAUCAAUUAGAUUUAUCUCAACAUGCUAAACAGUCUAAUUACAUGAAUUCUUCAAACUCUGGAGUGAAUAUACCAGUUAGUCGAGAAAGUCCAAAUAUCUCAAUGAGUCAAAUGAUUAAUCAGCAACUAAGUGCUCAUGGAUUGACUCCUGCAAACACUCCAUCUCAACAACCCCAUUCAGUACCUGUGGAUCUAACUGGACCAUCUCCUCAUCAAGCUCCUGAAAUACCGAAUCCCCUUCCUAUACACAUACCACAGGCUCCAAAAACUGUGAGUGCUCGACAAGCACAGCAUAAUAAGUUGGCUGAUUUUCUAAAGGCAAAUCUUGAAAAUUUAGACAAUAAAGAUUUAUUGGCAGCCCAUGAUACUACUUGGCCUGAAGUUACAGACAACCGUAAAGGUCAUUUAGACGCUGGCCAAGAAAAAAUUAUUAGAGCAUUUUCGGAAAUUAUGAAAAAUAUGAAUAGAAUGAAAGCAUGUGUAAGACCAGCUAUGUGUAAGCCUUAUGGAAAACAAUCUGAAUCAUUACAAAAAACAUUGAUUGACACGAUUCAACUUGUUCAGUCGUUAAGAUCAUUUCUUCCUCCUCCACAUAUUGCUGUUAGUAGUUGGAAAAAUGAAGAUAAACACGGAUUGAGAAAAAAUGUUUUGGACAACUCAAAUCAAACAGUUUCAGCUGCCAAUUUUAAAGAUCUCUGUGAUGCUAUGUCUCGCAACAAGCAAAAUUAAGAGCAUCUAUUGCUAUUCAAUUUUAUAACUAUUUUCAUUCAAUUUCAAAAUUCACAUUGCUUUUAUUUUAUAUUAAGUCUAGUCAAAAUUCCCUAUUUUUCAAAAUUAAUGGGAAACUCUGGUUACCUAGAGGGAUAUUACCAUUUUAUUAAAAUUUAAUCUAAUUAAUGUCUCUAAUGAGUGUCUUCUAGUUUGAUGGAUUUACCUAUAUUUUUUAUUUUGACAUUAUUUUUAAUUUGAUAUCUUUUUAAAUUUAUGAACUUCAAUAAUAAUUUAUGAUUUAAAACUAUUGUUCUUACGUACAUGUAUUGUUAGCAUGAUAUCAAAAAAUGAUGUGUUGCCAAAUGUUUAUGUUUCAUUUAUUGAGAAACAUUUCAUGCCAUAAUAGUAACUUAAGUAUACAUUAAAUAAUUAAUUCUUUCAUUACAAUUACGUAAUGUAAUCAUAAGUUAACGCAUUAUAAUAUGUUGACUAUUUUUUAUCAAUAUUAUAUUAAAUUAUUCUAAUUGCCAUUUAAUUUAACCCAUAACUACUGGUGCAUUAUUAUUCAUUUUUUAUUUUUUUAUUGUAAUAAAAAUCAACUGUUUUUAAAAUAUCAGGAUUAAUCUAAAUAAAAUCCUUUUAGAAAUGAGAACAGUAGAACCUUUUGUACGUCAAAUUUUUUAUUAUAAAAAAAUUUAUGUUAGGUAGAUUGAUCUCAAAUUAUGUUGUUAAUUUUGGAACGAUUAAGUCAAGUUCCUUGUUUGAAAACUGCUAGUAAAUACACCAGAAAAUAAAUUUCAUACAAGUGGUUAUGGGUUAAUAAUAUAUAUUUUUAAUUACAUUUAAUUGUUUUAUUUAUUGU